UAUCAUCUCCGACGUACGUAGCGUUAAGUUGGAGCAGUCUCAGCGGCGGCCGCCAUUUUGUGCAGUCGCUGGGAAGGAAGGAGACGCCUGAACCGCGGCACUGCCGGGUUUGAGCGUAGCCAAACCUACCCACCGUUUUUAUAACCCCGAUUCUCUGUGUUUUGCUCCCGUCUCCGACGAGAGAGGCGGCGACGGUGGCGUCUGCGACGGGAGACAGCGCGUCGGAGCGAGAGAGCGCCGCGCCUGCCGCCGCCCCAACAGCGGAGGCGCCGCCGCCAUCGGUCGUGACCAGACCGGAGCCGCAGGCCCUCCCGAGCCCGGCCAUUCGUGCCCCGCUCCCAGAUCUCUACCCAUUUGGGACCAUGCGCGGAGGCGGCUGUGGCGACCGGGACCGGGACCGGGACCGCGGAGGAUUUGGAGCAAGAGGUGGUGGUGGCCUUCCCCCAAAGAAAUUUGGUAAUCCUGGGGAGCGUUUACGUAAAAAGAAGUGGGAUUUGAGUGAGCUCCCCAAAUUUGAGAAGAAUUUUUAUGUGGAACAUCCAGAAGUGGCAAGACUGACUCCAUAUGAGGUUGAUGAGCUACGCCGAAAGAAAGAGAUCACAGUGAGAGGAGGAGAUGUUUGUCCUAAACCUGUCUUUGCCUUCCAUCACGCUAACUUCCCACAAUAUGUAAUGGAUGUAUUGAUGGAUCAACACUUCACAGAACCAACUCCAAUUCAGUGCCAGGGAUUUCCAUUGGCUCUUAGUGGGCGGGAUAUGGUGGGCAUUGCUCAGACUGGCUCUGGAAAGACAUUGGCGUAUUUGUUGCCUGCAAUUGUUCAUAUUAACCACCAGCCGUACUUGGAAAGGGGAGAUGGCCCGAUUUGUCUGGUUCUGGCUCCUACCAGAGAGCUUGCUCAGCAAGUACAGCAGGUGGCUGAUGACUAUGGCAAGUGUUCUAGAUUGAAGAGUACUUGCAUUUAUGGAGGUGCUCCUAAAGGUCCCCAGAUUCGAGACUUGGAAAGAGGUGUUGAGAUCUGCAUAGCUACUCCUGGGCGCCUGAUAGAUUUCCUGGAGUCAGGAAAGACAAAUCUUCGCCGAUGUACUUAUCUUGUGCUGGAUGAGGCUGAUAGAAUGCUUGAUAUGGGCUUUGAACCCCAGAUUCGUAAAAUUGUUGACCAAAUCAGGCCUGAUAGGCAGACACUGAUGUGGAGUGCCACCUGGCCAAAAGAAGUGAGACAGCUUGCAGAGGAUUUUCUUCGUGAUUACACUCAGAUCAAUGUGGGCAAUCUCGAGUUGAGUGCCAACCACAACAUCCUUCAGAUUGUGGAUGUCUGCAUGGAAAGUGAAAAAGACCACAAGUUGAUUCAACUAAUGGAGGAAAUAAUGGCUGAAAAGGAAAAUAAGACAAUAAUAUUUGUGGAGACAAAGAGACGCUGUGAUGACCUCACUCGAAGGAUGCGUAGAGAUGGUUGGCCUGCUAUGUGUAUCCAUGGAGAUAAGAGUCAACCAGAACGAGAUUGGGUACUUAAUGAAUUCCGCUCUGGAAAGGCUCCCAUCCUCAUUGCCACGGAUGUAGCCUCCCGUGGGCUAGAUGUGGAAGAUGUCAAGUUUGUGAUCAACUAUGACUAUCCAAACAGCUCAGAGGAUUAUGUACAUCGUAUUGGCAGAACAGCCCGUAGCACCAACAAGGGUACUGCCUAUACCUUCUUCACCCCAGGGAACCUAAAGCAGGCCAGAGAGCUGAUCAAAGUGCUGGAAGAGGCUAAUCAAGCUAUCAAUCCAAAACUGAUGCAGCUGGUGGACCACAGAGGUGGCGGCGGAGGAGGGGGUAAGGGAGGUCGUUCUCGAUAUCGGACCACUUCUUCAGCCAACAAUCCCAAUCUGAUGUAUCAGGAUGAGUGUGACCGGAGGCUACGAGGAGUCAAAGAUGGUGGCCGAAGAGACUCUGCAAGCUACCGGGAUCGUGGUGAAACCGAUAGAGCCGGUUAUGCUAAUGGCAGUGGCUAUGGAAGUCCAAAUUCUGCCUUUGGAGCACAAGCAGGCCAAUACACCUAUGGUCAAGGCACCUAUGGGGCAGCUGCUUAUGGCACCAGUGGCUAUACAGCCCAGGAAUAUGGUGCUGGCACGUAUGGUGCUAGUAGCACCACCUCAACCGGGAGAAGUUCACAGAGCUCUAGCCAGCAGUUUAGUGGGAUAGGCCGUUCUGGGCAGCAGCCACAGCCACUGAUGUCACAACAGUUUGCACAACCUCCAGGAGCCACCAAUAUGAUAGGUUACAUGGGGCAGACGGCCUACCAGUAUCCUCCUCCUCCCCCUCCCCCUCCUCCUUCACGUAAAUGAAGCCACUCAGUGGUGGUGACUCCUGCAGACUUAAUUACAUAUAAAGGAACACUGUCUUUACUUACCCCCUUCCCUUUUUCUUUAUUUUUUAUUGUUUUUUCCCCCACCCUCCCAACCAUUGUGAUUUGUCUUUUCAUGCAGAUUAGUUAGAAUUCACUGCCAGGUUUCUUCUGCCCCUGCUCCCCCCAAUCCAGUCUAUAAUAACAGAUUUUGUAAAAAUAUACAUAAUGACUGGAAGAGAAAUUUCUUCCCCCAACUUCUUGCAUGUUGAGGAUAUUUGAACUAUUUUUCAUCUUAAAAGAAAAAGUAAGGUAUUAGGAGGUCCUUUUAUGGGAGCCCAUUUUUUGUUGUUGUCCCGAGUUUGUUGGGAGGCAGGGGGGAGGACUGGAUUGUCCUGCAGAAGAAGAUGGCAUCUGUGCUGUGAAUUACUCUCAUCACUGGGUUAGAAAACCAAGAGGAAUUUCCCUGCACAUUUUCCAUUAUUUUUUUAUUUUAUUUUUUUUUAAGCAUUUCUCAAGUUGGAUCAGGGUUCCUCCCGCCUGAUGAGUUUGGUUUUUUUUUUUUUUUUUUUUUUUUUUAAGACCAUGCUUUGCCAUUAUCAUUUCUGCUGAUGGCUUGAGUGCAUUUGACAGUUAAAUAUUUUUAAUUGGUUUUCUCUUCUAUUACUGUCUGCCUUCCCCUCUCCCAGUUACUGAAAAAUAACCAGUGUAGUGUCAGGUUAGAAAUUGCUGAGUGUCAGUUUAAUUCUAUCUUUUAAUUAAAAACCACAAGGGUUAAUGGCAUUGGUUAAACUGCAGCAUCUUGGCAUUGGGGUGGGAACUUGCCUGUUUUUUCUUCCCCACGUAACCAGGGACCAUCUGUGAAAUUAAUUUCCUGGCCGGACAGUUACUGUGAGCAAAUGAAUGCCAGUGCUCACUGGGAAUUUAAUUUUAAGUAGUCGAGCCUCUGCAUUCACCUGCAGUGUGUAAGGAACCUUUAAUGAUUAAACAUUGUAUUCAAAAUGGGCAGAUUUUCCUUUUCAAUUCAGUAUUUGUAGAACUAGGUUAAAAGCAUCUCUCUUUGCCAAUCACUCUGCCCCUUUGGCCAAGCUAUUGUGAGCAAACACUCUUAAGCCCCUCCAAGCUCUUCAUGCCCUGUCCUGCGUGCUUUCUAACAGCUUCUGAAGGUAUGCUGUCCUCAAUAUCUCUUUGCACUCGGCUUUUCACAGGUAGGUAGCUCUUAGGAAAUGUUCUGGAGGACUCAAGCCCAAGUCCUUUUUAAUAUUCCUUUUUAAAUUUUUUUCCAUGUGAAGGUAGGUGGGUUGGUCCCCUUCAUAGUGAUAUUGUCUUAUUAUUAAGGCUUGAAACAGCAGAUGGACCUGGAAAAAAUAUUCUGCUUUCGUGUUCACCAUAACCAUAGGGUAGGCGGGCAGGCAGGCAGGCAGGCAGGCAGGCAGCCUGCCUGCUCCAGAAACCUCUUCCAGAUCCAUUGUGGUGGAACUGUUCAUUUUUAUGCUGUUACCAGUAUCACAGUGCAGUUAAAGGAAAGGCUCCCCUGCAUUCUUAGGCUAUGGCCUGAACAUGCUUGUUGGUUUGUAAGAUCUAAAAAUUGAAAUACUUGAGGAUUUUUUUAUUUUUGUUUUCCUUUUAAAAUCCUUCAGGGGGAGAGAAGGGAUGGUUUCUGAGGGGUUCUGAAAGUAUUGAUUCAGUGUGCAGCAUACCAGGUAGGUUGUCAGCAUAAGCUGAAAUGUGUGCAUGUAAAAACUUUGGCAUCCUUUUUUUACUUUCCACUUCCUCCUUUCCUGCUUUUUUUGUUCCCCCAUCUUUAAAAAUAGAGGCCGAGGAUGGUAGGCACAGAAGAAAUACGGCAAAACUCUUCUGUGCUUUCAAACCAAAGUGAGUGUCAUGUGUCCCCCACACCUCAUCCCAUCCCUCCCCAAAGAGAAGGUAUCUAAGCACUGAUCAAUCUCUUGUGGACAUUUCUUUUUACAACCAAAUUUCUGAUUUUUUUUUUUAACAUAGGAGAGAUUUCACUACAGGGAAUGCCCUCCUCUAUUGCAGCUCCUAAAAACAUCCAUUUCAGGGAAAGGUCUGUGGGUACACGAGCAAUAUCUGGACUGCUUGCUUCCCUUUUCCAUCAGGGACAUCAUAAUCUCAAAAUGAAAAAAUAGCAAAUUCCAAAUUUCAAGAGUUCUUGUGGCCUGAGCACAGCUGAAAUUUAGUAGUGUUUUUUUUUUGUUUUUUAAUGUAGCUCUUUGAUGAAUUUCUGCCUCUAUGUUGUAAUUCAGGUUCGGCUCUUGCUUCAGAACAUGAGCAGACAAAUCCUCAUCUGAUGCCGGUUACUACAUUCACAGUUGAAACUCAUUUAGGGAAAGGGUUUUCAGUAUUAAACCACAGGCCGCUUCUCCCCAGUCCCUCCCUAACAAUUCAUUGUGCGGACUUAUCUCAUCUAAAAGGUUGGUGGCUUUUGCUUGGGAUCAGUGCUCUAUACACAUGUCCUUGCUGGUCUCUGAACACAUUCCUGUUGCAUUAAGACUUGAAAGAUUUGUAGAUGUGUGAUGUUCAGGCACAGGAUGCUAAGAGCUAUGUUACUAUUCUUAGUUUGUAAAUUGUCCUUUUGAUACCAUCUUGUUUUCUUUUGUAGGUAUAAAUAAAAACUGUUGACAAUAA